UUUACACGUAAAUAAUCUAAUUGCGUUAAUUAACUGGCCUGAGCUAAACAAAGAGGUGCGAUUUGACCGAGGGAAGGAACACAGCCGAAAUCUGGGCCAGGAAAUCCCGCCAAGGCAAGCAGGAAAACAAUGCGUCGCAAUGCGCGCCAGCAACAACACAAUCAGGAAGAAAUUGGACCCGACGACGUGGAAGACAUCUUUGCCCGUCCCGCCUACGAUGACGACGAGUUCGAAGAUCUGCUCCCUCUGGCCAGGAGGGCCAAUGGCCACGCCCGCCUCGGCCGCUACGAGAACACGCUGGAGGUAAAGGUCCAAGAGGGAGACACACUCCAGGCGCUGGCCCUGCGCUUCCACUCCUCUGUGGCGGACAUCAAGCGCCUGAACAAGAUCGACCGCGAAAAUGAGAUCCACGCACAUCGGGUUAUUCGCAUUCCGGUCACAGUGCACAACGUCCUGCUGGGCAACGGGGGCCUCGAAGCCCUUCCUGCGGUCCACCGCAGCGGGAACAACAGUCCUAGGCACAAUAUUGAGCGGGAACCAGCUCCCGAACGCAAUCCUCUCGAGGAUGCGCGCCAAAUGCUGGAUGAACGACUCCUGGUGGCGGCGGUGAAUGCUUCAGGCGCCGUGGAUCACGAGAAACCAUCGACGAGCAGAGCUGCUGGACAAUUUUACGAGGGAGCCCAGGGUGCGCCCAAUGACGAAGCCAAUAUGGAGCAACCAUACGAGGAAAGUGCCGCUCUGCUUAACCACAUGGUGGACAGACACGCUCCGCUGGUGCGUCCCAUUCCUGGACCCUCUUUGAGUGCCAUCGACUGGUCCGGAUCGGACUGCGACUUGUCUUGGAUAUGUCUGCUGAUCUUCAUACUCGCCUUGUGUGUCGUCAUACCCUUGGUCUACGUCAUCUACCUGGCAGAGCAUCCACAUCACAACCAUAGUGCACAGUAGUUGGGUAAUGUCUGCACCCGAAGUGAUCAUCAUUCCAAACAGCACCCCUCACUGGCACCCUCUCAAUCUCUCAGAUGAGCCUGGCGCAUUUCAAAUGCAACCCCAGGCGACGGAAUUUAUUUUUAUACCUAUGCGCGUAACUUUGUAUUGACUCUUGAUAAAAAAUAAUAAGGUAUUUGUCGACAGAA